AUGAAUCCGAACGAAAAAAACGAUUCGAAUAAAACAACCGGCGGCGAAUCCCAGCGAAAGGAAAAAUGUAAAACAAAAUGUGAAACCCCGAUUUUUUCCGUCAGAAUAAAAACUGAAGAUUUUAAAAAUGUACCAUGUGGGAAGAUAAACGAUGAAAAAUUAAAAAUACUCGAAGAAGAAUUAAAAGGAAUAAAAUUAAAAAUGGAAUUCGUUCAAAGGUUGAGAAAGGAAUGGACGUCGCAAAAAUCAGGUUUGUGUAAUAGAAGAUGGAAGGAUCCACCACCACCGCCACCGCCGCAAUCGAAAUUCGACGAUGGUCGACCCAAUUGCGAUUCCGAUACAUUUAAAAAUGAUCCGUAA